AUGGAGCACCAGAGAAAACUGCAGGAGAUCCACAGACUCAAACAACUGCUGGAUCUACUGAUGGUGGACCUACAACUGGCCCACGAAGAGAGAGGGAAAAGAGAGAGAGAAAGGGAGAUGGAAAGGAAGAGAAAAGCAGAACUGGAAAGACAAGAAAUGAAGAAGAAAGUGGAACAGGCAGAAGAAACGAUAAAAGCGUUAGAACGAGAGAUUGAGAGAUUGAAAGAGAUUGAGAAGGAAAUCAUAUUUGAAAGAGAAAGAGACAUGCGUAUUGGAGAGAAUGAGAAAGUCAAACUGGUUAACGAAAAGGUAAAAGAGUUAGAGAGAGAGGUUGAGAGACUGAAAGAAGAUAUGACAACAAAAGAGAUUCAAUACAAAAUCAAAUUUGAAAGAGCGAAAGAAGCGUUUAGAAGACAGAAUGAGAGAGUGAAACAGGUUAACCAAAAUGUACUAGUGUUAGACAGAGAGGUUGUGAGAAUGAAAGAAGAGAUUAGAUUGAAAGACGAGACUCAACCAGAGAGAACAUUUGAUAGAGACAGAGAGAGAGAAAAUGAUUGGAGACGAAGUGAAGAGGAGAUGAAAAAUAGAGUGGAGAGAGAGAUGGAGAUGGAGACAGCCCUCAUUAAUGACAAAAAUACGUCUGAAUUGGAGGAACUCUUCAAGAAAAUCAAGGAACAGCGGAUAGAAUUAGAAAAUAUGGAAACAGACAAAUAUAAAGGGAAACAGAACCAAAUGGACUUGGAGGAGAAGAUGGAGGGUGAGCACAACAAACAGAAAGAGGGAGAAAGAAAGAGAACGGAGAAAACACCAAAACAGAGACAAGAAGAAGAUGAGAAGAAGAAGAGAGAUGGAGAGAGAAGAAGAAGAGGAGAGAUGCAAACAGAAGAAAGAGAGAUUGAAGAAGAAAGAUGUAAACAGAAGCAAAUAGAGAUGGAAGAGGAAGAA